AUGUUAGUCAGCGCUUGGCUCAAUACUAGCAAGGAUCCGAUUACUUCCAACCAGCAAAGAUUUGCAUCCUUUUGGGGGAGGAUUGCGAAAUACUUUGCUCAAUGUCCGAAUGUUGUUGGUCGCCCAAAGAGAGAGGCGAGUAACUGUAAGCAGAGGUGGGGGAGGAUAAACGACUUGGUGUGCAAGUUUGCUGGUUGUUAUGAGGCUGCGAGUAGGGAGAAGUCUAGUGGACAGAAUGAAGAUGAUGUGAUGAAGUUAGCACAUGAGAUAUACUUCAAUGAUCAUGGACAUAGGUUUUCAUUGGAGCAUGCUUGGCUUGUCUUAAGAUACGAUCAAAAAUGGUGUGCUUCCACAUCUAUUAAAGGUAAUGGGGUGAAAAGGGGAAGAGCGAGUGUUAAGGAUGCGAUUGAUGUUGAUGAACCAAUGCCCCGGCCUCCUGGUGUUAAGGCUGCGAAGGGGAAGUAA